GAAAAAUUAUGAAAUUAUGAAAAAUCUAAAAAGAAUUUCCUUUUUUUGUGAUUUUUUUCACUGCAAACUCAUAACUGGUUGACUGUUAUAUCUCAAUAUUGCGUUGACGUUAAUAUUUAUGAGUGGUCUUGUAAAAUCAGAAGAUGGAAACGAUCGACUUCCUUGCCUCCGUCAAGACUGAGGUCCUUGCUCAAGAAGAUGAAGAGUUCCCAGUUAUUGACCUCAAUCCACCUCCAGAUGCAAGUCCUGGUUAUGUUGUUGCAGCAGAAUUACUUGGCGCCCCCAUCGCGCCAGUCGGCAUCAAAGUGGAACAAAAUACAAUAGAUGAAGAAUCGACAGUAUGGAAUGUUGCCUUUUCGAAUGAAAACACUGAAAAUCCCAAUAACGUUUUAGAUGUCAAGGAAGAGUCACUUUUCAUUGAUGAACAGGAAGAUGGCUCUGGUCCCGGCGAUCCUGAUUUCCAACCGGUAUCAGAUAAUGAUUCAGAUGAUCUUACAACCUACCCAGUCCCAGAUCAUGACUACACCCCAAUGGCAGGUGUGGACCCAUCGAGAUUGACUCAUAUUGAGAUCCUUGACUGUCAGCAGGACAAGAAGAAGGGCUACAACUGCCCACACUGCCUGUAUACGACUCGGAGGUACCAUCAUUUCCAGUCGCAUAUCGUGUGUCAUUCAGAUGAGAAGCCAUUUCACUGCAACCAAUGUGACUUCAGGACAGCGCGAAAAAUGGCCCUGGUGACCCAUUCAAGGUACAAGCACUCGGAUGUGAAACUGAAGUGUGGACAGUGUGAAUUCACCACGAAACAUUCCAGUUCACUUAAGUUACACAUAAGGGGGCACGCCGAGGAAAAGAACUUUUCAUGUCCGCGGUGUGACUUUACAACAAAGAAUUGGCCUUCUUUGAAAUCCCAUCUGGUUCAGCAUACCGAUAUUAAAGCUCUGAAGUGUCAGUAUUGCGAUUUUUGUACAAAACAUGCAGCAAGUUUGCGCUACCACUUAAAGGUUCAUGCGUCUGAGCGCACAUUCAAAUGUGAUGAGUGUGAUUUUACAGCAACAAGUGCGUCAAAUCUUCAACAACAUAAACUCCGCCAUACCGAUGUUCGGCCUUUUCAAUGUGAACUGUGCGGCUUGAAAUUCAAGUCAAAUCCAAGUCUUAAACAUCAUGUUAAAUCUGUCCACCUUAAUGUUAAACCAUACAAAUGUAAGCUAUGUCCGAAAAGCUUUUGUAAUAGUGGCAACUUAUAUCGGCAUCAGACCGUGCACGGUGGUUACAAGAAGUUAUUUGAAUGUCCAGAAUGUCACAUUGAGUUCACCUUGGAGUCGAAUCUAAAGCGUCAUCAGAAAAAACAUGAGAACCCGGUGAGCUACAGGUGUCGUUUAUGCCUCCGGACUUUCACCGAGCUGACUAACCUGUGCCGCCAUAUCAAUACGGUUCAUUUGCGGGCAAUACAGAUACCUUGUCCGUACUGUAACAAAACGCUCACCACAAGUACGACCUUGAGGGGGCAUAUCAAGAGAUGCCAUCCAGAAAGAUGGUCGGAUCAUAAUGGCAAGUUGGAAGUAAACAAGUUCAUGAAGAAGUCUGCAGUUACUAAAAACUCGCUUGUUUCGAGUGAAGCUGGGUUAGCGGAAACAGUUGAUGCAGGAGAUGAAAUUUUGAAUCCCGGUGGUAGAAGGCGAACUGUGCUUCCAAGAAAUGAGGCUGAGUGUACCAUUAUUGAACCGGAUUAUGAUGUUGAGUUGAUAGACACGUUGUCACGCUGUGACACAUCUCUUGAGGUGACGAGGAGGAACAAGAAAAAGAUAGGAAUUGGAACAAAAACACUCGCAGGUCCAGGACCACCAAUGAGGAGAGGCCGACCUCCAAAUCAGGAUAAAUCAAAAGCUGUUAUUGAAGGAAAGGGAAAGCAAAUGUCUAAGUUAGUAAUUAGAAAACCAUUGACUCUUGCGAAGAAAAGUAAAUUAGCCGCAGGUAAAUUCAUCAGGAAAUCUAUGCAACAGGGCAAGGCUAUAAAAGCAAAAGGGAAGUCCAAGUUUAAUUCAGGUGGUCUGUCGGGGACCCUGAAGAAAAAGAGAGGUCGACCUGCUGAAGUUCCAAAUGGUACAACUUCUUCUGGUAAGAGUGGAAAUGCAAGUGGUCCCGUGAAGAAGAUAAAAACAGACCAAAAGAACGUAUGGUUGUCUAAAACUUCUGCUGGUAAAAAGAGGGGCAAACCGAAAAAGACUGAGGCUGCAACGGUGGAGCGGGAAGAUGGUUCUGAGGAAGACUUGUUCGCAGCAACCACACCUCUUGAUGCAACUCCAGGCACUAGGAGAGGAAGGCCUAAAAAGUCGGCUGAAACACCAUCAUCUGUGGUAGUGGAGGAAUCUAUCGAGGCUGACGAAAGUGACGAAUCAUUCCAUGUUUCAAAUCCAUCUCCUUCAUUGACUACAUUGGAUGAGCCUGUGAAGAAACGAAAGGGUCGACCGCCAAAAAGUUGUCCUCCAGAAACUCAUUUUUCAAUAUCAAAUCCAUCUCCUUCAUUGACCACUCUCGAUCAACCAGUGAAGAAACGAAGGGGUCGACCUCCGAAAAACCGUCCUCCAGAAACGGUCAGCAUUCCUGAAGCAGACAUUGUAUAUGAGGCAGAUAUUCCUGUUGGGUCGACAUGUGGGGAAAUUCGCACUGAGGGGAGGCAUUCAGAGAGAGAGGGAUUGUUUCGUAUGAUGAUGCCUUUGACAGCGGAUGGAGAGGGAGCUUCUGAUGAACAGUCUGGAGACAAUGAUUAUGAAGAGGUGUCUGCUGUUGAGAGCGUUCCAGAUGCCGACCACCUUUAUGCUGCCCCUCCAGAAACGUCUGUCACACCAGCUUCCCAUCCUUCCAUUGUAGAGAAUUCUUAUGCUCAAACACAAGCAGACAAUGACCCUGCUCUUGCUGCAAACAAUGUUGAAACUGAACACGUGUUAUCUGGUUCUCCGGUUGAAGUUAAUAUGUCCAUAUUGGCGUCGGAUAGCCUUGAUCAAAUUAACAAAGUGCUUGCAAAAAGCCCUGUCGAAAAUGAAGUGGUACUGGUAGUGAAUCCUGCUGAAACUGAACCAUUGUCUUCCAAGAGUCCUGAUGGAACUAAGUCAGCCUGUUCAGAGAGCCCUGCUGUUGACUCAGACCUUACUCCUGAAUCGGGGGUGGCACCUUCAACCAGAGAAAUCCCCCCAAUUGAAAAUGCUGUGGUGACUUCCACUCGGCCAGGAGGUGAUCUUUCAAAUGACGUAGAAGAGGAAAGAACCUGUUUGGGAAGUGAGACCAGAAGUGAGAUGGGCCAAGUAAACCAAAAAGAGGUUGGCAUAACGAAAGACACCAUCCCUGAGGAGCAGUCCAGUGUAAUGGAGUAUUUUGGGCUCCAGAGGAAGCUGACAGAAAGUGAACAGCGUGACUCAGAAAUGCCAGCUAGUGUUCAUGCGGAUGGCGCUCAACUGGUUGGGGCUGGUGAGUCGAUUAUAACGGGAACUCAGCAAAUAGAAAGCCCUGAUUUUACACUUGGAACAAUGCGAGAGAUCAUCCCAGGUAUGAAAGGGUACGAAGGAAUCUCUGGCCUGCUGCGGCAAGCAAUGAUUAGGAACAAGAUAAGAGGCAGGCCGUGGAUAACAGGAACUGCCAAAGAACGCCAGCGCUAUCUCCAGGAGAAAGCGCAGAUGGCUUCCAAGAAAGCCAAGAGGGGGCGACCACCUAAAAUAAAAAGACCGGGUCAUCCAAAGAGGAGCGAAAACAGGAUAAAACCGCAGCCAGUUAAUUCUGACACCACUAGGCGUCUGGGUCGUCCCAAAGGAAGUAAAAAUCGGGUACCCACUAACAUAACUGACAGUUUGAGGAAAUCUGGCCGUCAACCAAAGGCCAGUCAAAAAAUGCUUGAACACUACGAGUCGAAUUCUGGUGAUUUGUGCAAUAUUGUUGAGAAGAGGAACCUGUCUGAAAAGUUUCAAAAAAUGAUUGAUUCGUUGAUUAAUAAGGCAGACGGCGAUCCAGAGUUCUCUGAUUCUGACGCUGGUGGGGCAACUAUUUCCGAUGUUGGAAAGGGGAAGGUGAAUGUCAGGAAGUCGAGAAGAGUUCUAAAAGCGUCUGCAAAGAAACAGGACAUAACAGAGGAGGUAGAGGGAUUUGAAGAAACUGGGAAUUCUGGGUCAGAUUCUAAAGAUGAAGGCCCGCCAUUGAAGAAAGCUCGCCUCGCAAAGGUCAAUCAAUCACCUAAAAGAGGAAAAACCUCUUGUCUGGUGUUUUCUGCACGGAAUGCCAAAGGGCAGAAGUCUAGUUUGACUACAAGAAUUGAAGGGGUGUCCUCAAGGAAAGGUUUGGUGUUGAAGACAAAGAAACAGAAGCGUAACAAGAUUGGUAAUGUCAAAAUGGGAGGCAGAUGUUCACCAAGGGGACGUAGCAAAACACCAAGGAAGGAAAGAUGUGACAAAGGCAUCAAGCGUGUUCCACUCCAGUCUAGUUUGCCAAGGAAGGAGCAGUGUGAUAAGGGUCUUUCUAAGGGACUGCAGAGGAGCGAUGGAUUUGGGCCGGUGAGACGUAAUGAAGGUAUUUUGCAUGGGCUACUGCACUCUGACAAGCCAAGGAAGGAGCGAUUAGACAAGGGUGUGAAAAAGGGACCUCUUAAUUCAACUACUCCAAGGAAAGUUCAUUGGGAUAAAGGUUUGACACGCAAGGAUAGGGAAUGGGAGAAAGAGAAGCAGAUGACACAAAAAUCAUUGAAGCAGACGUCAAGACAAACAUCAUCUGCUGCUCGUUCAUCUGAUCAAAACUUCUGCAUGGUUCCAAUGAAGGAUUUUUCCAUGCUGCUGCAAACUGCUGGAAAGGUUGUUUACGUUCUGCCCGCUGAUUCUCACUUGGGUCGACUGGCCGCUGCGAGUAACUCUGUUAUGUGUUUGGUGCCACAGAGUGACAACGUUGUCAUUCCUUCAGGCGCGAUCCCGGUACAGGCUGUUUCGAGUGCAUCCGUGAGUGAAACCAUGCCUUCUGCAUCUACUAAAGAUCAUUCUGAGCCAGAGACAAUUGAAUCUAGUGAAAAGGUUAAUUCAGAUCAGUUUAACCAAAAGUCAAGAAAGGUGAGAUCAGAUAUAGGGCAACCACGACAAAAUGGUUCGUUUCGUUCUUUGCAUGUUAGCGAUUCGGAGUCUCAUUCUGGUACAGGUUCUAAUGUAUUAGAUGGCUCAGUUGUGAAAACACCUAGAAAAGUUCGGUCGGAUAAAGGAAUACCUCGAAAACAGAGUAAAACUCCAAGUCAGGGUAUUGCAUCUCAUCUUGUGACUGUUGCAGGUGCUCCUUUGGAUAUGAAUUCAGGUCAAACAAAGAUCACUGAUAUCAAAAAGCGGAGAAAACAAAGGUCGGAUAAAGGAGUGCCACGAAAAUUUAAUAAAAGUCACAGUCAACCUGACCUGCAGCCUGUUCAUUCUGAGGCUGAUUCACUGGCUAACCCGGAGUCUCAUUCUGCUGAUGAGCACAGCGGUAUCGGCAUAGACCCAAGAGAGUGCCUCAGUUUUAAUGCCAGUAGUCGGAAACCUCGAAAGGUCAGGUCAGAUAAAGGUAUACCAAAGGGAUCAAGGAAAAGAAGUAAAGGACCUCAUGAAAAAGAUAUGGGUACAGUUAUAAAGAAAAAAUCUGGACGACCAAAGAUGAUUCAAACUUCCAAAGACGGUGUAGGGGAUAGUUCUAUUGGAGGAUCACCAGUGGUUGUAGGGACUUCGCAAGGGAGUGAUUUGAAAAAUGUCUCCAGUGCUAGAAAGGUGGGGAGACCAAGAAAGGUUCAAAAGAAGUUUGAUGAGCAGGAAUCUUCUGUCGAUUCACCGGCGCAUUUUGAAGAUUCAUCUAGGGGUAACCCAGAAUCAACUUUAACACUACAGUUUUCAAAAAGGCAGAGGAAGCCUAAGGUUGAUAUGGAUUUUGUUAAUUUCGAGGAUGCUGAGUUACAGGAAAGUGGCUCUGAGCAAAAUUCCUCCAAGAUUCAUGAAAAGGAAACAACACUGAAAGAAUGUUUUGUUCCUGCUGAAAAAGUCGUCAGAAGGAGAGGGAGGCCGCCUAAAAAUACCUGUCCAGAAACUUCUGGUGGAGCGGCAGCAAAGUGGAUGAAAGUUACGAUUCCUUCUGAUGGAGUGGUUACCACAGACUCUUCUGGUAAGGGAAGAGGAAGAGGAGUCAAGAUGUUAGCAGCAACUGCAGUAUUCUCGCCCAGCUCGGUGAAAAAACCCAUGACUAAUAAAUCGAAUAAACACACAGCACGCAAGUCAUUUCCACAAGCCAACAACGCACUCCCCACAGGAACUAGCCAGACUAGUUUGCUGUAUUCUGACAUUUUCCCCGGGGGUGGCAUCCCCGUGCCAGUGAUGGAAAGAAACCCUGUGAUGUCACAACGUGCUCAUGCUGGUGCCAAGAUUCAAACUUCCACUGUCUCCGAGGCUGAUGAGGCUGUGAUUGCACUUGCACACAGCGAUCCCUCGGUUAAAGGGGAACUAAUCUAUGUUGACCUGGUCAUGGACCCGUCCUUGGCCGAAUCUCAACAGUUCACAUACUUAUCAAGUGAGACAGAUGGUUUACAGGGGACUCCAGUGAGAGGCAUUGAGGCAAAACCACAAUCUGUUAAGUAUGAGAUAAUUGAAGCAUCCCAUCUGCAGCCUCUUCUUGACUAGAGUGCUCUUAUCUUCAGAUCAUGAUUAUCAAUGAUCAGAGAUAUAAUGAUUUUGUGUUCAAUAGUUUAGUUGUUGCAUCGUUAUUAAAUAACAUCAUGAAAUGUUGAGAUGGUCCCUUGAAGAUGAUAUUAAACUUUGUAUGUCUUCAUCGGUUGAAAUUGCAACCGGUGUAGUGGUCAAUAAUGUAAAAUUUUGUAUUUUCUGUCAAUAAGUGCAUU